GGGCCGCGUGGACUUAGAGAUUCAACGAUAGUAAACAGGUAGUUCUCUCACCAAGAAGACCUCUUAUCACCAAACAAGUAUCACUGCACCGUACUGAGGGCCAAGAUGUGGAUACAAGUGCGGACAAUGGACGGGCGCAAAAAUGUCCGUAUCGACGACCUGAGCAAACUCACCAAGAUAGAGGAGCUGAGAGAGAUGUUGGUAGAGCCCUUCGAAGCCGAGGUGGAGAAACAGCGACUCUUCUACAGGGGAAAACAAUUGGAGGAUGGUCACACACUGUUUGACUAUGAUGUUGGACUGAAUGAGAUUGUGCAGCUUCUGAUAAGGAAUAUACCAGUCGAGAGUAAGGUGACAGCCAGCGACCAAUCAGAUGAGAGCAAGGCUGAAAACGAAGUGGGAGCUGGCGGAGAUGAUAUGGACACUACUGAAGCUACUAGCAAUGGUAAAGCUACCAAUGGUGGAACAAACGGUAAAGCAAAUGGUAAAGCUGAUUCCACCAAUGGGGAUGCAAAUGGUGAGGCCAAUGGACAUGCUCCUGAGGGCAAUGGUGAGGCAGGCACUGCUGGACAGUACAAGGUUGGAGAUAAAGUUGAUGCAAAGGAUCGGCGAAUGGGAGCAUGGUUUGAGGCCCUGGUUGUCAAGGUAACGACAGAUCCCGCCCCCUCCUCCAGUAGUGAAGAGCCUGAUAGCGAGACUACAACACAAUAUCAUGUCAAGUUUGAUGACUACAGUGAUGAUGAUCCUACUGUGGUGACCAGGGAGGACGUAAGGACAAGGGCCAGAUACAGACUACAGUGGGAACAGGUGUCAGUGGGCACUGUUGCCAUGGUGAACUACAACCCGGAUGCCCCCAAGGAGAGGGGUUUUUGGUACGAUGCUGAAAUUACACGAAAAGUUGAUAAAAAGAAAGAAAUAUAUUGCAAACUAAUACUAGGGAGCAAUGCUGACGCUUCUGAGGAGGUGAAACUACAUUUUACAGAUGAGCUGUUUCGUAUUGAUGGUUGUGAGGGGGCGGAGACUAACGGUGAUGAGGGGGAGUCCCGUACCAAGAAGCCAGACUGUAACGUUUGUAAGGACAAUCCUCGACGGAAGUGCAAGUCAUGUGCAUGCAGUGUAUGCGGUGGUAAGAACGAUCCUGACAAGCAGAUCCUCUGUGAUGAGUGUGAUCAGGCCUACCAUCUCUGGUGCCUCAGUACACCACUCCAGACUGUGCCCGAGGAGGAUGAAUGGUAUUGUCCUGAUUGUAAGACAGACAAGUCUGAAGUGAUUGGUGCAGGGGAGAAGAUGAAAAUGAGUAAGAAGAAGGCAAACAUGGUCUCCAACAAGAGAGAGAGUAGCAGAGACUGGGGAAAGGGCAUGGCAUGUGUGGGUCGCACCAAGGUAUGUACUAUUGUACCCUCCAACCAUUUCGGACCCAUCCCUGGAGUACCAAUUGGAUCCAUGUGGAAGUUCAGAGUUCAGGUGAGUGAGAGUGGUGUCCACCGUCCACACGUUGCUGGUAUCCAUGGUCGCGAGGAUGACGGCGCCUACUCCAUCGUGUUGUCAGGUGGAUACGAUGAUGACCAGGAUAACGGUGAGGAGUUCACGUACUCUGGGAGUGGAGGUCGUGACCUCUCGGGCAACAAGAGAACGGCCAAACAGUCGAUGGACCAGAAGCUCACAGCCAUGAACAGGGCGCUUGCUCGUACGUGUGACUGCCCCCUCAAUGACAAGACAGGUGGUAGUGCUCGGAAGUGGACAAACAGCAAACCAGUGAGAGUGGUGCGGAACUACAAGGGACGGAAGAGUUCAGAGUACGCCCCCGAGGAGGGGAACAGGUACGAUGGGAUCUACAAGGUGGUCAAGUACUGGCCAGAGAAGAACAAGAAUGGAUUCAUUGUCUGGAAGUACCUAUUCAGGAGAGAUGAUGAGUCUCAUGCUCCCUGGACUCGUGAGGGCAAGAAGGCCAUUAAGAAGUUAGGCCUCACCAUGGAGUAUCCUGAUGGCUACCUCGAGGCUCAGGCUGCCAAGAAACAGAGCAAAGAAGCGGAGGCUGAUGAUGGGGCGGGGUCAGAGGAGGAGGCAGACAACAAGGGGAAGAGGGGACGGAAGAGAAAGGCUCCUGACUCCAAGGCUCCUGGUUCCCCUGCCAAGAAGAGUAAGCAACCUCGGUACGAGCUGAGCAAAGGUCAGAGGUCACUCAUCAAGGCUGACACAGUCAACAGCAAAGUGUGGGAGGAGCUACUAGCCUCGUCCAAAGAUGAGGGCUCAGCUGGUCUGCUGAGUCGUAUCCAGGAGACAUUCAACUGCAUCGUGUGUCAGGAGGUGGUCUACCAGCCCGUCACUACCACCUGCAGUCACAACAUCUGUAAGACGUGUCUGAGUCGUUCCUUCAAGGUGGACGUGUACAGCUGCCCCAACUGUCGUCAUGACCUGGGCAAGGACUAUGCCAUGACAGUCAACAAGUCCCUACAGGCAGUACUAUUGGACCUGUUCCCUGGAUACAAUGGAGGGAGAUGACACUACACACACUAACUGGGACCACUGAACAGUGUUAUUCUAUAGAACUGCAAUUUAAUGUGCACACUUCCUUAUCAUGACUUUGUAUAGUGUGUGCUUUCAGUAUGAAUCCAAUCAGAUUCUCAAGAAUGCAAUUAAUUAAUUUUGA